AUGAUAUGGCUAGCAACUCAAUCAUCAAAGCUGGGGGCAGUCGAACUGGUGACGGUCUUCUUUCUGAUGUCGAGAAAAGCCGAAAUCAAUGAGGCGACCUCAAAGCCCCUCAAGCUCCCUAUCAUUGGCGACCUACAUUACUCUUUGAGAUCCUUACCAUGGUUAUUCUCAAUACCGCCAAAGCAGGAAAUGAGCUCCGCGAGAAACGGAGUGCGUACUACGCGUAGCAGCGAACGUCACGAAUCACUCAAGCACAAGCAUGGUGCCCAUUCGAGAUUUUAUUAUCGAAUGCUAACUCCGAGUCUUGGAUCUGUUGCAGCGAACGUCAAAAAAACAUACAACACCAGGUAUUCGCUGAUCGUCACCGACUCAACUACUGAUCUGGCCCUCAUCGGCUUGUCUAUGGGAGAGCGGACGGGAUCCCGAAUUCUCCGAUGGGUGUGGUCGUAUGUGCUUGUUUCUAGAUGGGAAUUCUCUUGUAUAGUGUGCGAGUGCAAGCACGAGCAGUUACCGCCAAGUACGCCGAGACAGGCCCCGUUGUCGGAAAUAGAUUUGGCCUUCACCCUCGCAACGAGCGUCCAAGGCGGUAUGGAGACUGGCCUGCGGCAGAUGCUCUGGCUUCUCGUCGCAACGCACACGAACGUGGAUUCCGCGGUGCGAUCGCAAGCCAUCCCAGAUAACUUCGUUGGCAGGAAGCGGCAGCCGCGCUUUGCGGACCGGAUGAAGUUGGCUUACAUUGAUGCCGUGGUAUCGAAGGUCAUGAAGGAUGAGAUCUGUGGAAAGCGCAUCGUCAAGGGAGCGACACUUUUUGCGAACUCUUGGGCUAUUGGGCGGGAUAAGAAGGUGUUAGAUGAUGAAUUUGGAGACUUGGGAGCUUUCAUCCCUGAGAGAUGGCUGGACUUGAAUGGCAGAUUACGUACUGACCAGCCCCUACCUGUGCUAAGCCAAGGUACACGAAAGUGCCUGGCAAACAACCUGUCAGGGUCCUUUGAGAGAGUACCGGUGGAGGAGGUUGACAACUUGGCCAUGAAUGCAAUCGGCUACAUGACGGAAUCCUCUGAUUUCAAGUUCGGCUUUAAGGCUGGGGGACCAUGUGUGAAGGAUGUAGUCCGAAGAGAGUGGGAUACCGCUGAGGCAGACUCGAGCAAGGUCACGGAAUCUCGGUCAGACGUUGAAACUUAA